AUGGAAGUUGCAGCUGUGACAGACAACCAGAUGUUAAUUGUGAUUGGAGAGACGGGGUCAGGGAAGACGACCCAGAUCACGCAGUACUUGGCAGAGGCUGGUUACACCACCAUGGGGAAGAUUGGUUGUACACAGCCCAGGAGAGUAGCUGCUAUGUCUGUAGCUAAGAGAGUCUCAGAGGAGUUUGGUUGUAGACUAGGACAAGAGGUUGGUUAUACCAUCCGUUUUGAAGACUGUACCAGUCCUGAGACCAAGAUCAAGUACAUGACAGACGGUAUGAUGCUAAGAGAGUGUCUGAUAGACCCUGAUCUCUCCCAGUACUCUAUUAUCAUGUUGGAUGAGGCCCACGAGAGAACCAUCCACACAGAUGUGCUGUUUGGGUUGCUGAAGAGGGCUGUACUGAAGAGAAAAGAGCUAAAGUUGAUCGUCACCUCGGCCACUCUAGAUGCUGUCAAGUUUUCUUCUUAUUUCUUUGAAGCUCCUAUCUUCACCAUCCCUGGUCGUUCCUUCCCUGUGGAGACGCUGUACACUAAGGAGGCAGAGACGGAUUACCUGGAUGCCUCCAUGAUCACCGUGAUGCAGAUCCACCUGACAGAGCCGCCCGGAGACAUUCUGCUGUUCCUGACGGGACAAGAAGAGAUUGACUCCGCGUGUGAGAUCCUGUAUGAGAGGAUGAAGGCCCUGGGGCCUGAGGUCCCAGAGCUGAUUAUACUCCCUGUGUACUCCGCACUGCCCAGUGAGAUGCAGACCAGGAUAUUUGAGCCUGCUCCACCAGGAUCUAGAAAGGUUGUCAUAGCCACCAACAUAGCAGAGACGUCCCUGACCAUAGAUGGCAUCUACUACGUGGUGGAUCCUGGCUUUGUGAAACAGAAAGUCUACAACUCCAAGACAGGCAUGGACCAGCUGAUAGUGACCCCUAUAUCUCAGGCACAGGCCAAGCAGCGUGCAGGUAGAGCAGGGCGUACGGGGCCUGGGAAGUGUUACCGUCUGUAUACAGAGAGGGCGUACAGGGACGAGAUGUUGCCCACACAGGUGCCAGAGAUACAGAGAACUAACUUGGCCAGUACGGUGCUGUCACUGAAGGCCAUGGGGAUCAAUGACUUACUGGCCUUUGACUUCAUGGACCCGCCCCCCAUGCAGACGUUGAUCUCCGCCAUGGAGCAGCUCCAUGCUCUCUCCGCGCUGGAUGAUGAGGGUCUGCUCACCAGACUGGGGCGACGGAUGGCAGAGUUUCCAAUGGAACCCAUGUUGUCUAAGAUGUUAAUUAUGUCUGUUCACCUGGGAUGUAGUGAUGAGAUCCUUACCAUAGUCUCCAUGUUAUAUGUACAGAAUGUAUUCUAUAGACCCAAGGUAGGCAGAACUCUGGCAGCUUAAAUACUGUACAUUUCCUAAACCAUGAAUAUUAUAUGUACAGAAUGUAUUCUACAGACCCAAAGUAGGCAGAACUCUGGCUACUUAAACACUGUACAUUUCCUAUACCAUGAAUAUUAUAUGUACAGAAUGUAUUCUACAGACCCAAGGUAGGCAGAACU